GGGAAUUCUAUGGUUAAUGUCAACGUACAAACGUCAAAUAUGUCAAAAGAAAAAUACUGUAUUAACUUUCAUGUCUAAUAAAAUUACAAUAAUGAAAUUGAGAAAAAUAUUUUUAUAACUUGAUUAACUUCAUACAAAAACUUUAUAUGUGCUUUAUAUAAUGAUGUAGAAGAAUCACUGGAAACAAAUGAUAUAAUCAGUACAAUAAUAAUAAAAAACCAUAUGGAAUGUGUAGUGAAAAAGUGAAUAUUAACAGUUAUAUCAAUAAAAAUGUUUUCGGCUAUUAAAAGGUUUACAAGCAAGGGUGAUAAUUCAACCAACAAUGUGCCGACAUCUUCUCGACCCGUUAGCCAUCAGGCAAUGUCGUCUUCCUUACAGAAAAAAUUUGCAAGGGGUGUCCAAUAUAACAUGAAAAUAGUAAUUAAAGGGGAUAGAAACGUAGGGAAGACAUGUCUGUUUCAUAGAUUGCAAGGUAAAAAAUUUAUCGAAGAAUACAUUCCUACAGAUGAAAUUCAAGUAACUUCGAUUCAAUGGAAUUACAAAGCUACAGAUGAUAUAGUAAAAGUAGAAGUGUGGGAUGUUGUUGAUAAAGGAAAAAAGAAAAAGCAUUUCGAGGGUUUAAAAUUGGAAAAUACUCAACUUGAGGUUGACGAAGAACACGCACUUGAUGCAGAAUUUUUGGAUGUUUACAAGGGAACAAAUGGGGUGAUUAUGAUGCUUGAUUUAACCAAAAACUGGACAUUUGAGUAUGUACAAAGAGAGUUGCCAAAAGUUCCUGGACACAUUCCUAUUAUAAUUUUAUCUAAUCAUUGUGAUAUGUCUCAUCAUAGGUCUAUUACUGUUGAACAUAUUAAUUAUUAUAUAGAAUCUAUUGCAGAAACACGUUCUGCUCAAGUACGGCAUUCAGAAUCGUCAAUGCGUAAUGGCUUUGGUCUGAAAAUUCUUCAUAAAUUUUUCAAUCUCCCAUUCCUUCAGCUUCAAAAAGAAACAUUGUUGAGGCAGCUCGAAAGAAAUGAUCUGGAAACAAAUGUAACAAUACAAGAAUUGGAUAUGUACUGCAAUUCUGAUGAAGCUAAUUACGGAAAAUUUUUAGAAAAUUUGGUUAAAAAAAGGAGAGAAGUUGCAGAUUCCAAUGCCAAUAUACCUCAACAACAACUUAAACCUCAAGUUAAUGUUGGGCGGACUGAUAUGAAGAGAUCUCAAAGUGCUUCCAUAGUUAUAGGAGGAGGUAAACCCAUACCCUAUGGCAACUCAGCUCUAUCUAUACCAAAAAAACCAAUUCCUCAAAUUUCAAAAAGUUCCAGUAUGAGUUCUGGUUUUGUAUCAAAGUGGGGACCAGAAAAUAACAUAGUAGAUGGUAUACCAGACAUAAGGAAGUUGGAAAUAAGUCCAAUUAAAUCUGUUGAAGAAUUUUGUCCAGAUAAUGGACAUUUGGGAGGAUUCUUGGAUGAUGUACAACUUAAUGCCCAGAUGGAAAUCAAAGAAGAAGGGGAUUCUGGAACGGAUACUGAUACUGGUAAUCCUCUUGUUUCUGAAUUCCAAGAAGAUUUUGAUGAAGAUAUAGCUUUUAGCAAACCUAUCAAACACACAAAAAAAGUUGAAUCCCUAUUUGCAGCUCCGUCUAAACACUUUAUCAAAUCAGAUGAAAGCAGAGGAAAUGAAAUAGAAAAAAGUAUUCCAGAAGAUUAUGAUAUGAAACAAACAACCGAUGAAUUUGAUUCCACCAUAAAUUCAGAAAUAUCAGAACUUACUUCAGAUGCAUACGAUGCUUGGAUGGGUGCAGAUACUAAAUGGAGGAGAUCACCUGAAGGUGGUGAAGAUAACUCUGUAGUGAGUCAAACAUUAGAUUAUAGCAAUAGCACUGUUUAUGAUGAUAGCAACAGUGUGAAUUCAUCUAAUGCUCACAUGGAACUACUCAGUACGAGGACAAGUUUUCCAACUAAUACAAGUGAUGGAGAUGAUGUACAUUCAUCCAGUUCAGUGAAAAAAGAGAAAAAAGAUAAAUCUAAGACUGAAAGAAAACACAAAAAGAAAAAAGAUAAAGAGAAGGAUAAACACAAAGAAACGGAUAAAAAAUCAGAUAAAAAAAAUAAACGCCGUUCUCGCGAUGAAGCCUCUCAUUCUCACAAAGACGAACUCGAAGAAUUUCUCUAUGGUACUACAAGUCCAUCUCUGGAAGCAGACUAUGAAGCUAUCUAGCCCGUCUCAUAUAGAAACUUAUCCGGUCUUUGAGUGAAAAUUCACUUAAAGUGAUGCUUCUUUAAAGCUUUCAGAUAUAAUUUUUAAAUAAGACUGUUAUUUUGUCUCCUUGUCCUAUAUAUGAAUUAUUUUUAGCUGUAAAGCAUUGAUAAUGAUAUAAACUCUAGUAGGUAAGUCUGUUAUCGAUAUUCCCAAUAAAAAAUAAGCUCUCUUCAUCAUUUUAAUAAAUGUUUUUCUCUUCUAAUGAAUAAAUUCAAUUAAGAACUGUUUGAAAACUCUCUAGUUUAUUUCAGUUCAAUGACAUAUAGGCAUAACGGAUCUGGUAUUAAAAUAUUUCUUCACAAUUCAGACUGUCUCAACAUGAACAUGUUUAGAUGUUUUUUCAAGAUUGGUGUAAAAGUUAAUUUAUUUUUAUAUUUUGUAGAAAAAAUGCAAUGUUCAAGACGGAAACCUUAAGAUAUGAGUUGAUUUUGUUUCCUGAAUCUUUGUUUUAAUAUUUCAGGUUACCUAUGUUUAGAUGGUUCACGAAAGUGCUCUAUAUUUAUCUCCUGUUAGUGAAAAAUUUUAUACACAUUUGGAAACCCUUACUAGAAGUUACAAAUUGAAAUUUUAGUUCUUAAAACUACUGACAAUCUUGUUCUUAUUCACCUACUAAUCAGUAAAAUUCUGGGUGUCUUUAUUACAUUUCCUUGUAAGUUUCAAAUUAGUCAUUACAUGAAAUAGUAUCUUGAAAAGCAACUAGGUUGCACGUGAGCUCAAAUCUUUAACAAUUGUUUAUAGGUCUUUUCAAUCAUUGCAAUAUUAGUAAUUAUAGCAUACUAUACACUAGUCUUUGGAUAUUUUAAAAUAUUUUAUCUUAUCCAACAAGUAUUCACGUAGGCAGUAGGCUAACUGCUUAAUGCCUUCGAGAAAUUGUGAAAGUAUAAAAGAAUUCAUGUAUUUGUAUUUUCUUAGAAAACUAUAUCAUAAAUUUUGUUUGACAUGUGUGGAGUAAAAAUGAUUUGUCAAACAUUUUAGUUGACUAGUUUGAAGAUUGUAAUCUCACAUAAGUAAAAAGAUAUGUGCUUAAUGGCUUCGAGAAAUUGUGAAAGCAUAUGAGAAUAUAUGUACAUUAGGGCCUCGGUAAUCCGGAGAGGCAAAAACAAGACCCUUUCUGGAUUAUAGCAUGCCAUAUUUAAUGCUAAUAAAACACAUGCUCAACCUUAGUUUCUUUAAUCAAUUUUUCACAUUAAAGCAUAAAGACAAAAAUGUACAUGUUCAAAAUUAGUAAGUUAAAAUAAAAUUAAUUAUUAUUAAUUCUUCUUGAAAAAAUCUGUACCUAAUACUCUUCUGUUUAUAAUUUUCGCACUCUAAGUAGACAGAGAAACAUAACUUCGUGGCUAUCAAAUUCGUUAUUUUCAGCCCAUUUCGAAGCAGUUUUUGAAGCUCCUACUGCCUCUGAAUUACCCUCUUUUUACAGGCGAGAAUGUCAACGCUAUUGUCCUCAUCUUGCUCAUCGUCCUCACACAUUACCGCUCGCAUAAUCUUCUCAUCAAUUAAGACUUUGUAUCUCUGUAACUCUCUUUCAGAAUCACCAACAACCCAUUCUGGAGCUUCUGCCUCACUUAUUUGAGGGUCAUUAGGUCCCUUCCGCCUAUUAAAAAGCUGGGCUAAAGGCAAAACAAUUCUUCCAUGAUUUGUUGAUUAGCGAUGCCUUAACAUUGGCCCAGCAAUUAGCCAAAAUAAAAACUGACCUUUAAUGUUAUCGAUUUUAAUGAGUCCAUGAGGUUCUCAGAACAUAAUGCAAGACAGUUAACCAAAAGUGAGUAAUUUAACUUAAUUUAACUUCACUUUUGUAUAACGUUCUGAUCCAUUGGUUAUAUAGACGGCGUGGUAUUAGGUGGCAAGAACAUUGAAAAAAUGUUGCCGUCUUCAGAGACAAGUUCAUCUGCUGAUGGAUGCCCAGGACAAUUAUGCAACAAUAACAGUGCCUGAGGAGGUACAUUAACAGACAAAAGAUGGCGACGGACCGCGGGAACAAAUAUAUAUAUAUAUAUAUAUAUAUAUAUAUAUAUAUAUAUAUAUAUAUAUAUAUAUAUAUAUAUAUAUAUAUCAACAAUCAAAUGUGAUUAAAAUUUCUUCUUUUAGUUUAUGUUUCCUCAUUCCGUACGUUGUUCUAACUACAAAUUCAUCCGAAUGCAUGAUUAAAAAGUAAAACUCUUAAUAAGGGGUCCAUAAGGUCUUCCUAUCUUAAUGUUACCAAAUAGUAUAUUUCAAUUAUUUUUUUAUAAAUUGAUAUUACUCGUUUAUAUUUUUAAACUAACUCAUUAUUAUCCAAAUUUGUCUAACCAUCUCCGACUUGCGAGCUUCCUCACAAAUCAUAUAACCACUUACAGGAACAUGCAAUCGCAUUUGUUGCAAAAACCACGCAAACAAAGCAUUUUGUAAAAUAGGAUUUUCCGAUUUCUCAAUGUUUUUCAUACACCGGGACCACGUUCUGUUAGGCUAACAAACUUCAAGAUUUUAUCUUUGUUUUUCUUUCAUGUCGUCUACAGUUGACCUGCUUAUACCAAACUUGCGAGCAACGACAGAAGAGCUGUCUGUCACCUUUGUCUAACAUUUCUAUAAUCCACAAUUUGUCUUUAAAUGUUAAUGUUGAAUGAUUACGUGACGGCGCCAUGAUGUUAGCAAGCGCGCAAAAAGGCGAUAAACAAAAACUGACGACGCAUUGGCUCAUGUCAGCUCAGGAUGUGAUUCAUCUAUAGCCCGCACCUAUAUCCUCCUGCCUCCACCGCAAAGCCCAUUGCCUGGCCGUAUUACAUCGAUCACCGAACAAGCAGGAGUCCUAAUAAUCGAGGCCCUACUGUAUUUCGAAUUUUCUUACAGAACCAUAUCAUAGUUAGGCUGACACAAGUCUACACUACAAAUGAUUUGUUACAUGCACAUAAAACUACUAACAAGACAGAAUUGCUACCGAUAUGAAGUAGUUUAUGGCGGUAGUUAUCAUUAAUAAUGUCAUUGAGAGGACCUAUAUUAGAAAAUUUGCAGUUUCUUUAUAACUUUGUUUAUUGCUGAACAAUCUUACUAAGUGUUUGUGGUGUUUUGAUUUAAUAGGGUUACUCACAUUGUUAGUAAUUUUUUUAUUAUAUUUAUGGAAGUUAAUUAUUUACGUUUUUAUAUUUUAUACAAUGUAUCGUUAAAAUAUAAUAAAUACGCA